AUGGCUUCACCCAAACAAGAUCUCGAGAUCAACAUGCCCACAGCGCAGAUCAGAAACCCGAGAUCCGAGAUGAAAAAAGAAGCCAGUCUUAAGUUCCAUGAGGCCAACAUAGAGUGGCUGAACAAAGAGUGGCAAGGGCCAGACUGGUUCCCUGCCCAUCUGCUGAAGCCUUCCAAACCUUGCCGGAGUGUUGUCCGAGGCUUGAAGAGCAUCACUGAGAAGGCCAUGGCCAAAAAGAUUCCGUUGUCUUCUCUCUGGGAGACUGGCGGAUGCCUCAGGAGUGUUGUCGACCAAGACUUGGCCACCAGGAAAGAAGGACGCAACGCAAAGCAUAAGCAUUCACAAUCUGGGCGCCUUACCAGGAAAAUGGUGAGCCGCGCAAGCAAGAACUUGGGGUUGCCGACGGCGGAGAUAGGAAAUGAUUGCAGUUCGUCCUCGGGUAAGUUACACCCGCCAGACUGGCUGAGGCCGCCUGGCCUAAGUUCUCGAGAUCCCAGGACAUGUAGAGCAUCGGCUGAUGGCAAUCCAGGUUCCACGACAGGUGAUGACUCUGAAGUGGAAGCACCCGAGAAAAGGAACACCGCUCCUCGGUUGAGUUCUUCUGCCCUUGAUUCGUCAGCUAAGCAGCGACUCCCAUCUCCGCUCCACGAUACGAUCGCGUCCACGGAAGAUGAGCUACGACAUCCGCCACAAGGUACUAAGCGACCACUCGAAGAUGGAGAAGAGACGACCUCGAACUCGCCCCAAAAUAAGAGUCCUCGAGUCACCAUCAAUGAAGUUCUUGGAAACCUCAGUUCUGACCGUAUCGAAAUUGCCCGCCGCAUAACGGACAUCGAACUUGAUACCGCCCUUGCGGUCAAGAGAGAUGCCGAGCAAGCACUCAUGGACUUGGUGCAUCGCGACUGCUCUGUGGCCGUAACUCAAGCCGAAAGAGUUCAAGCUCGUAGACGAAAGCAAGAAGCCGACGAGGCAUUUCGCCAAACUCACGAGAGACUCCAUGGACCUAGUCAAACUCUAGCCGCGAUGAGCGACCUCAAGAAGACCUUCGAUGCACGUGCCGUACGUGCCCUCAAGCUCGAGAAUGCUGAAAAGGUGGUGCAAACAUGCAAGGAUAGACUGGAUCAGGCGCAGGUGAAACAUGAAGAGGCCUUGAAGUCCAACCAGAUUGACGACUGGCAUUUGGAGGUAGUUUGGGAUAUGUUCCAGAGAGCUGAUACUCUUGGAAAGGAAGUUCAGUAG